CUAAAUAAAGAAAUAUCCAAAUGAAAUGAAAAGGAGGGAAGGUGACUGAGCAGAAGAGUUGGAUAAGAAUCUCAUUUCAUUUGGUGAUGAAGGAAAGUAAGUGUUGCCAGUAUGAAAGAUAGCGAGUGACACUCAUUCGCCGUUGCCAUGACGGUUGUUUCACUCUUCCUUACCGCCACCAAACUCGCCGGAGCUCUAGUCACUCUCUCCGUCGCCGCCAAUGCCUUUUCCUUCUCUCGUUUCCGCAACAAAAAUCUGCGCCCUUUUCGUUCCCCUAUCGACGACUCCUCCGAUACUCUCGCCGUUUUCAACAUUACCGAUGAAGAAAAUGGGUUUUUCUUUGGUCUGGCAACAGCACCGGCACAUGUUGAGGAUAGGCUUGAUGAUGCUUGGAUACAGUUUGCUGAACAAGAGAGUAGUGGUGGUGCUGAGCAGAAAGUUGAUGCUUUGAUGGGCUCUGCCACUGGUGAUGGUGGGUCUCAGCCAGCUGCAUCGUCUCCACAACAUGCUAAUAAGGGCAACAAGAAGUCUCUUAAAGUUGCUAUGGAGGCCAUGAUCAGAGGAUUUGAGAAGUACAUGGAGGUAGAAGGACAUGAAGGAGAAGAAGAACAAUGCCAUCCUAAUGUUACUGCUUGGCAUAAUGUUCCACACCCGGAGGAGAGGUUAAGGUUUUGGACUGAUCCUGAUACAGAACUAAAAUUGGCAAAGGAUACUGGUGUUACUGUUUUUCGAAUGGGAAUUGACUGGUCAAGAAUCAUGCCCCAUGAGCCAGUAAACGGCCUUAAAGAAUCUGUCAACUAUGCUGCAUUGGAGCGUUAUAAGUGGAUUAUCAAUAGGGUUCGAUCGUAUGGAAUGAAGGUGAUGCUUACUCUUUUCCAUCACUCACUUCCACCCUGGGCUGGUGAUUAUGGAGGUUGGAAGCUGGAAAAGACAGUGGAUUAUUUCAUGGACUUUACCAGGCUUGUUGUUGACAGUGUAUCAGAUUUUGUAGACUAUUGGGUAACAUUUAACGAGCCCCAUGUCUUCUGUAUGCUUACUUAUUGUGCUGGCACCUGGCCUGGUGGUCAUCCUGAUAUGCUGGAGGCUGCUACUUCAGCACUUCCUACAGGUGUUUUCCAGCAGGCCAUGCAUUGGAUGUCUAUUGCACACUCAAAGGCAUAUGAUUACAUCCAUGAACUCAGUAACUCAUCAAAAUCAAUAGUUGGUGUUGCGCAUCACGUGUCGUUUAUGCGACCCUAUGGUCUGUUUGAUACAGCUGCCGUUUUACUGGCUAACUCAUUGUCUCUCUUCCCAUACAUCGAUGAGAUAUCUAAAAAGCUGGACUUCAUUGGCAUUAACUAUUAUGGCCAGGAAGUGGUUUCGGGGGCUGGUUUGAAGCUAGUGGAAAAUGAUGAGUACAGUGAGUCUGGUCGUGGGGUAUAUCCUGAUGGCUUAUAUCGCAUGUUGCUUCAGUUCCAUGAACGUUACAAGCAUCUAAAUGUCCCCUUCAUUAUUGCUGAAAAUGGAGUUUCGGAUGAAACAGAUUUGAUCCGCCGGCCAUAUCUCUUGGAGCAUUUGCUUGCUGUUUAUGCAGCUAUGAUCAAGGGUGUACCUGUGCUUGGUUACCUGUUCUGGACUAUUUCUGAUAAUUGGGAGUGGGCUGAUGGAUAUGGUCCCAAGUUUGGACUUGUUGCAGUUGACCGGGCAAAUAAUCUUGCACGGGUCCCCCGCCCUUCUUACCAUCUGUUUUCUAAAGUUGUGAAUACUGGUAAAGUUACACGCGAAGAUCGUGAAGGUGCUUGGAAUGAACUUCAAAUAGCUGCUAAAGAGAAGAAAACAAGACCAUUUUAUCGGGCAACCGACAAACAUGGUUUGAUGUAUGCAGGUGGACUUGAUGAGCCGAAUCAGCGGUCUUAUAUAGAAAGAGAUUGGCGGUUUGGUCAUUAUGAGAUGGAUGGUCUCCAGGAUAACUUAAGCCGCUUCUCGAGAUUCAUUAUUGAACCAUUCUCCCUACUAAAAAGGAAAAAGAAAUCUCAAAAGAAGAAUGACAAAUUAGUUCUUCAACCUCUUUGAACUUAGUCAUUGAUAACCCAUCAAAAGUCACACGUAUACACUACAAAAUGCGCAGCCAAAGGACUUAGCAUUCUAGUAUAAUGCUACCCUCACAAGAGAACGAUAAUCUAACAAAUCUGCAGCGGGCUACACCAUAAAGUCAUUGCAGAGGAUCCAUUUUGGGGAAUUUCUCUUAUUGGAAAUGGAAGAGAAUUGGACUUGGGACUGCAUUAUUUAUCACAGGCGUAUUUAGUUUUUCUUCCAGCUUGGCUGCAUUGUUCAGAUAUACAUAAUGCAGAUGAGUCAUAGCAACUUUCAAGGUGCUUUCAGUUGUCUGUUUAUCUGCUAUGUGUACAUUGUUGCCCGUAAUAAUUCACCAAAAAGGAUUGAUUACUUGUUUUCAAGGUGUAUAAUUUAUCUGUUGCUAUUAACUAGUAUACUAGUUCUUUUAAAAAUGUGAUUAUGAAUUUAAAAAGAUUUUGCAGUGAGUUCGUACUGAAGAUGGAAAUUUCAUUUCAAUCC